CUGAGCCCAUCUGUACCUCUCUCCUGCUGCUCCCUCUCAUAGUGCAGAGCUGCCCAAUCACCCCCAGCUCUACAAUGAAGAGAGGGGAAGUCCUGGCUGUGUGUCUGCUCUGCUGGAGCUGCAGUGUGCGUGUGGUUGCAGCCAUCCAGAGGCUUGAUAUGUUUCCUUAUGGCACAUUGAGUGGAGAUCACAUAUUGGCAGAGGGCGACGAUGAAACUUCCAGAGUGCUGUCCCUGCCCAAACCCUUAUACUUCUACGGCUCCCACUUCUCGCAGCUAUAUGUGGCUACCAAUGGUAUCAUAUCAGCCCAGGACCUGCCGAUGGAAAAGCAAUACGUUGACGACGGCUUCCCCACAGAUUUCCCUGUGGUGGCGCCAUUUCUGGCUGACAUUGACACCAGCGGAGGGCGAGGACAGAUUUACUACCGGGUGACCGAAACGCCCAGUGUACUCAACAGAGUGGCCCAGGAAGUAAAUCGAGGGUUCCCAGAUGCAAAGUUCACUCCCACACACGCUGUGGUUGCAACGUGGGAGAACGUCGCCGCAUAUGAAGAGCAAACUCGAACCAAUGGACCUUCAAACAAGGUCAAUACCUUCCAGGCAGUAAUUGGUUAUGAUGAAACCGACUCAUACGUUCUCUUCCUUUACCCUGAAGGUGGCCUGAACUUCUAUGGGACACGACCCAAAGAGUCUUACAAUGUUGAGAUAGAGCUUCCUGCAAGAGUUGGCUUCAGCAGAGGAGAAGUCACAUAUCUGAUCUUCUCUCGAACUGAGGGACCUCACUACAGCGUCACCAGUGAUGAGCAGAGUGUUAAAAACCUGUACCAGGUUGGCAAUACAGGAAUUCCAGGUGUUUGGCUUUUCCACACUGGGAAUCGUUAUUCUUUUGACAACAUUGUUCCUGCGUCCAUUGGUGGCCUGCUUUCUACUCUACCAUCUCAAGGACAUGGCUUCUCCCUGGACACCACCACUCCUGAGUACUCUGAGUUUGAUGACUACCCAGACAACACUUUUGGAACUGAUAACCAGGACGAAGAAGAUGAUUACCCUCUGACAGGUGGGGACCCUGAAUUCCAGCCAGCCCCUGGUGACCACUCAGUGUCCCUUCAACCAGCAAUUCCUGCUGCUCCCUCCUCCCCUGCAGAGGAUUCUGGCCGUCAGGUGUCCCACAGCAGCGAAGAUGUACCCUUGAUUUCUGAACCCAGGUACAGUUCAGAACCAGCACAGAGGCAGUAUGCUCCCCCUAAUCCUCCCAAAGGAGUACCAGAGGGAGGUGCUCCGCAGACUCAGGAACAGCAACCACAGGGUCCUCUGGAGGUGGUGGAUGUUUACCCCCCUCACAGAAAUGAACCACCUCUUUCCCGUGGAGGUCACGUCGUCAGCGUGGAAGAAGAAGAGAAUUUUGACACGGGAGUGAUUCAGUACACUACAGAAAAUAAGGAAACAUGUGCCAGAUUCCAACAGCAGUGUUCCCAGAAUGCAUUUUGCUCUGACUACGCCACAGGCUUCUGCUGUCACUGCCGGCCUGGCUUCUAUGGAAAUGGACGCCAGUGUUUACCAGACGGUGCUCCACAGCGUGUUAGUGGUAAGAUGAGCGGAACAGUGACCGUGGGUUCGACUCCAGUGAAGCUGAACAACAUUGAUCUUCACGCCUACAUCGUGGUGGGAGAUGGGAGAGCGUACACUGCCAUCAGCGAGGUUCCUGAGCCAUUAGGCUGGGCUUUGAUGCCACUGGCACCAAUAGGAGAGCUGUUUGGAUGGCUAUUUGCUCUGGAGCUUCCCAAUAGCCAAGCAGGAUUCAAAAACACAGGUGCCGAGUUCACUCGUCAUGCAGAAGUGAUCUUCUACCCUGGCAACCAGCGCCUGUCAAUCAUCCAGACGGGCCGGGGCCUCGAUGACCACAACCACCUCACUGUUGAUACUGUAGUCAACGGCAAUGUGCCCUUCAUGCCCCCCGGUGCUGAAGUAACCAUUGAUCCCUUCAAGGAGAUCUACCAGUACUACCCAUCUGUUGCCACCUCCACCUCUGUGAGGGAGUUUUCAGUUGUUUCGGCAGAGCGAGGCUCCGAGUCCUUCUCCUUCCAGUUGAAGCAGAACAUCACUUACCGCAACUGUCGACAUGAUAACCGUGCCGCUGCCCCGGAGACGUUGCAGAUCACAAUGGAGAGGGUGUUUGUGAUGUACGUCAAGGAGGAGCGGAUCCUGAGAUACGCCAUCACCAACAAGAUCAGCCCAGCCGGAGUUGAGCCAACAGAGCAGGAGCUGGUCAACCCCUGCUAUGCUGGGAACCACGACUGUGACACCACGGCCCAGUGCAUCCCGCUGGAGGGCCAGGCCUUCCAGUGCCAGUGUGCUACUGGUUACAGAGGGGAUGGACGCAACUGUUACGACGUAGAUGAGUGUGCUGAGGGCUUGAGUUCAUGUGGUGCUCAUGCUUAUUGCAUUAACCUGCCUGGAAGCCAUCGCUGCCAAUGUCAGAGUGGCUUUGAGUUUGGCUACGACGGGCGUACCUGUGUUGAUAUAGAUGAAUGUAGCUCCUCUCCAUGCCACAUCCAUGGCAGAUGUAUCAAUGCACUGGGUUCCUUCCAGUGUCAGUGCCAGUCAGGGUUUUAUGGGGAUGGUUUCUACUGUUCCCAGCAGGAAGGACAGACAGAUCGCCCAAAAAGCCAGUGUGAGCAGCACAGAGACAGCCUGCAGAGUGGAGUGGAAAAUGGCGGUCGCCUGAGUCCCGGAGCCUUUAUCCCUCAGUGUGACUCUGACGGACGGUACCGACCACUGCAGUGUCACGGCUCCACUGGACAUUGUUGGUGUGUGGACAGUAGGGGACAGGAGAGAGGAGGAACUAGGACACCACCUGGUACAGCACCCAUAGACUGUGACAAACCAGAGCAUCCUAAAACUCACUGUGAACACCACAGAGACAGUGUUCAGACUACCAGUCCUGAGGGAUAUCCUAUUGUCGGAACUUAUGUACCCCAAUGUGAUGCUAAUGGACAGUACAUACCUUUGCAGUGUCAUGGCUCCACUGGAUAUUGCUGGUGUGUGGAAAAUAACGGACAGGAGAGAGCCGGAACAAGAACACCACCUGGUACAACACCCACAGACUGUGACAGACCAGAUGAACCAGAGCGUCCUAAAACUCACUGUGAGCGCCACAGAGACAGUGUUCAGACUACCAGUCCAGAGGGAUAUCCUAUUGUUGGAGCCUAUGUACCCCAAUGUGAUGCUAAUGGCCAGUACAGACCAUUACAAUGUCAUGGUUCCACCGGACAUUGUUGGUGUGUGGACAUUAGGGGUCAAGAGAGGGCAGGAACCAGGACACUACCUGGUACACAACCCAAAGACUGUGACAGACCAGAUGAGCCAGAGCAUCCUAAAACUCACUGUGAACACCACAGAGACAGUGUUCAGACUACCAGUCCAGAGGGAUAUCCUAUUAUUGGAGUCUAUGUACCCCAAUGUGAUGCUAGUGGACAAUACUCACCACUGCAGUGCCAUGGCUCAACUGGACAUUGCUGGUGUGUAGACGGUCAGGGACAGGAAAGAGCGGGAACCAGGACAUCACCUGGGGCACCACCUACAGACUGUGACAAACCAGAUGAACCAGAGCGUCCUAAAACUCACUGUGAGCACCACAGAGACAGGGUACAGACUAUCAGUCCAGAGGGAUAUCCUAUUCUUGGAGCCUAUGUACCCCAGUGCGAUGCAAAUGGACAAUACAAAGCUCAACAGUGCCACAGUUCCACUGGACAUUGUUGGUGUGUGGACAGUAGGGGGCAGGAGAGAGCAGGAACCAGGACUCCACCUGGAACACCACAUGUAGACUGUGACAGACCAGAUGAACCAGAGCGUCCUAAAACCUACUGUGAGCACCACAGAGAUAGCGUACAGACUACCAGUCCAGAGGGACAUCCUAUUAGAGGAGUGUUUGUACCCCAGUGUGACGUAAAUGGACAAUACAAAGCUCAACAGUGUCACAGUUCCACUGGACAUUGUUGGUGUGUGGACAGCAGGGGGCAGGAGAGAGCAGGAACCAGGACUCCUCCUGGAACACCACGUGUAGACUGUGACAGACCAGAUGAACCAGAGCGUCCUAAAACUCACUGUGAGCACCACAGAGACAGAGCACAGACUACAAGUUCAGAAGGACAUCCUAUAGCUGGAGCCUAUGUACCCCAAUGUGAUGCUAAUGGGCAGUACACACCUCAACAGUGCCACGGUUCCACUGGACAUUGUUGGUGUGUGGACGGUAGGGGAGAGGAGAGAAGAGGAACCAGGACUCCACCUGGAACACCACGUGUAGACUGUGACAGACCAGAUGAACCAGAGCGUCCUAAAACUCACUGUGAGCACCAAAGAGACAGAGCACAGACUACAAGUUCAGAAGGACAUCCUAUAGCUGGAGCCUAUGUACCCCAAUGUGAUGCUAAUGGACAGUACACACCUAGACAGUGCCACGGUUCCACUGGACAUUGUUGGUGUGUGGACGGUAGGGGACAGGAGAGAAGAGGAACCAGGACUCCACCUGGGACACCACGUGUAGACUGUGACAGACCAGAUGAACCAGAGCGUCCUAAAACUCACUGUGAGCACAACAGAGACAGUGUUCAGACUACAAGUUCAGAAGGACGUCCUAUAGCUGGAGCCUAUGUACCCCAAUGUGAUGCUAAUGGGCAGUACACACCUAGACAGUGCCACGGUUCCACUGGACAUUGUUGGUGUGUGGACGGUACGGGACAGGAGAGAAGAGGAACCAGGACUCCACCUGGAACACCACGUGUAGACUGUGACAGACCAGAUGAACCAGAGCGUCCUAAAACUCACUGUGAGCACCACAGAGACAGAGCACAGACUACAAGUUCAGAAGGACAUCCUAUAGUUGGAGCCUAUGUACCCCAAUGUGAUGCUAAUGGACAGUACACACCUAGACAGUGCCACGGUUCCACUGGACAUUGUUGGUGUGUGGACGGUAGGGGACAGGAGAGAAGAGGAACCAGGACUCCACCUGGGACACCACGUGUAGACUGUGACAGACCAGAUGAACCAGAGCGUCCUAAAACUCACUGUGAGCACCACAGAGACAGAGCACAGACUACAAGUUCAGAAGGACAUCCUAUAGUUGGAGCCUAUGUACCCCAAUGUGAUGCUAAUGGACAGUACACACCUAGACAGUGCCAUGGUUCCACUGGACAUUGUUGGUGUGUGGACGGUAGGGGACAGGAGAGAAGAGGAACCAGGACUCCACCUGGGACACCACGUGUAGACUGUGACAGACCAGAUGAACCAGAGCGUCCUAAAACUCACUGUGAGCACCAAAGAGACAGUGUUCAGACUACAAGUUCAGAAGGACGUCCUAUAGCUGGAGCCUAUGUACCCCAAUGUGAUGCUAAUGGACAGUACACACCUAGACAGUGCCACGGUUCCACUGGACAUUGUUGGUGUGUGGACGGUAGGGGACAGGUGAGAAGAGGAACCAGGACUCCACCUGGGACACCACGUGUAGACUGUGACAGACCAGAUGAACCAGAGCGUCCUAAAACUCACUGUGAGCACAACAGAGACAGUGUUCAGACUACAAGUUCAGAAGGACGUCCUAUAGCUGGAGCCUAUGUACCCCAAUGUGAUGCUAAUGGGCAGUACACACCUAGACAGUGCCACGGUUCCACUGGACAUUGUUGGUGUGUGGACGGUACGGGACAGGAGAGAAGAGGAACCAGGACUCCACCUGGAACACCACGUGUAGACUGUGACAGACCAGAUGAACCAGAGCGUCCUAAAACUCACUGUGAGCACCACAGAGACAGAGCACAGACUACAAGUUCAGAAGGACAUCCUAUAGCUGGAGCCUAUGUACCCCAAUGUGAUGCUAAUGGACAGUACACACCUCAACAGUGCCAUGGUUCCACUGGACAUUGUUGGUGUGUGGACGGUAGGGGACAGGAGAGAAGAGGAACCAGGACUCCACCUGGGACACCACGUGUAGACUGUGACAGACCAGAUGAACCAGAGCGUCCUAAAACUCACUGUGAGCACCAAAGAGACAGUGUUCAGACUACAAGUUCAGAAGGACGUCCUAUAGCUGGAGCCUAUGUACCCCAAUGUGAUGCUAAUGGGCAGUACACACCUAGACAGUGUCACGGUUCCACUGGACAUUGUUGGUGUGUGGACGGUACGGGACAGGAGAGAAGAGGAACCAGGACUCCACCUGGAACACCACGUGUAGACUGUGACAGAUCAGUCCCUGUGCCUCCGACCCAACGCCCUGAGAGUGUUUGUGAGCGCUGGAGGGCCAGUUUGAUUGAGCACUAUGGUGGAAAACCAGAGGCGCAACAAUAUGUACCUCAGUGCGAGCCAGAUGGACAAUUCAGUCCAGUCCAGUGCUACGGAGAGACCACUUACUGCUGGUGUGUGGACCAGGACGGGCGGGAAGUUCCUGGUACCCGAUCACACGAUGUUGUCAAGCCUGCGUGCCUUCCUUCAGUGGCCCCACCCACUGUGCGCCCAUUGCCCCGCCCAGACGUGACCCCUCUGACAAACACUGACGUCACACUGCUGUACGCACAGGGACAGAAAAUAGGAGCGCUGCCUCUCAACGGGACCAGACUAGACGCAGCCCGGUCCAAAACACUACUGACUCUGCAUGGUUCCAUAGUUGUUGGUAUAGCCCAUGACUGCAAGGAGAACCGAGUCUAUUGGACAGAUUUGUCUGCAAGAACAAUCAACAGAGCGUCGAUGGCACCUGGAGCCGAGCCUGAGAUACUCGUUAACACAAAUCUGGUCAGUCCGGAGGGUUUGGCGGUGGACGUCAAACGUAGGUUGAUGUUCUGGGUGGACUCCAACCCUGACAUGAUAGAAAGCGCCAACCUGGACGGCAGCGGGAGGCGGACGCUGUUUAACACAGACUUGGUCAACCCCCGGGCCAUCAUAGUGGACUCUUACACCGGAACCCUCUUUUGGACAGAUUGGAACCGAGAGGCUCCUAAGAUCGAGAGUUCGUCAGUGGACGGUCACAACCGCAGGGUGGUGGUAUCUGACGGGAUUGGUUUGCCAAACGCGCUCACGUAUGACUCUUCUUCAGGGCAAGUGUGCUGGGCCGACGCAGGUACAAAACGUUUAGAGUGUGUAUCCCCGGAUGGUUCAGGUCGACGAGUGAUCCACUCCAGCCUCAACUACCCUUUCAGCAUGGUCUACUACAGGAACCACUUCUAUUACACUGACUGGAGGAGGGAUGGCGUGAUCGCAGUGAGUAAAGUAAGCAGUCAGUUCACUGAUGAAUACCUGCCUGACCAACGCUCUCACUUGUACGGCAUCGCCAUAGCAACCAGCCACUGUCUAUCAGGGAGCCACUAACAACGGACAGGCAGCCGCAUGGUUCUUUUGGUGCUAAAGUUCUGGGGUGAUUACUGAUCAGAGGGCAGGGCCACCCUGAAGUGCGAGCAAGAUGGCUUCCUGUUGCCAGAUCGACCAUCAGAACAAAUUACAACCCCUCCACUCACCCUGACCCCAACACCCUUAUCUCACCUAAAGAUGUAACCCCCACAAUAAAUGUUUUGUAAAUUUGUUUUAUACCUCAUUUUUGGUUGUUUUUUUAUUCUACUGUAUUUUUGUACGCGAGUUGUUUUUCUAUCAAUUUAAAAGUUACAGAACAAUGAAAUCAGAUUUUAAAAUGUAUUUGAGUGUAGGUUUUCUGUUCUUUAAAGCCAAAGAAGAAUAUGAAGAGCUUUAAAACAGGUUGAGCCAAAAUUCAGCAGAGCAGCAGAUUUAUUUUUGGUCAGCAGGCCAGGGUGGCUUUUGAAUUCAGUGUAAUUAUUCUUCAUUCAUUAAAACACUUCAAAGGACUAGUUAAAUGUUUUGGGAAAUGUGUUAAUUGCUUUCUUGCCAAGAGUUAGACGAGAAGAUUGGUACCACACGUCUGUACAAUAUGAAGCUACAACAAAGAGACGGUUAGCUUUGACAUGGGUAUAAACAGCUAGCUAGCUCUGUCAAAAGCAUGAAUGUCUAAUGAAUCUAUAAUCCCAAAGGUACAAGCACAUCUAAAAGCUCACUAAUUAACAUUUUAUCUUGUUUAAUCUACAAAAACUGUCAUUUUAAGGGGAGUUAUCAGCUGUUUGUUGGCAGUUAGCCAGGCUAACGGUUUCCUCUUGUUUUCAGUCUUUAUGCUAGGCUAAACUAAGCUGAUCAUUUCCCGGGCAUAGCUUAAUAUUUAGCGUAAAGAUACGAGAUCAGUCUUCUCAUUUAACUUUACAUGAAGUGUAUUUCCCAAAAUGUCGAACUAUGACGACAAAUAAAGACAAACGGAUGUAUUUUUUAUUUUUCUAAUUCCAUAAAAUCAUAGCCAUUGCUAAGUGAUACAAAUAAUUUUUGUUAUUAGAUUACUGUAAUCUAUGUCCCUCUGCCCUAUGCCACGCUCGGAUCACAGUGACUACAGUCCUGCCAUAUUUCUCUGCACUACUAAUCUGUAUUUCACACAUGAUGAAAUGUUACCUUCUUUUUUUGCCAAUUUUUUUACUACUACUACUUUUUAAAUCUUUAUCUUUUUAUAAGAUGUGAUAUUUAUAACAAUAAAAUGUGAUUUGGUAA